UACAUGUAGAUCUUUGACAUAUUUAUAUUCAUUUUAAUCUUCUAUCAAUUGUAAUAUUGGUGUAUUGUUUUCUUUUUAUAGAUUGCAGUUAUCAGCAUGUCAAAACGGAGUAACACAGAUGAGGAAGGUGAGCCCAGCAAGAAGCCGAAGCCUGUUGGGGGAAACCGGUGUGUCUUGUAUGGGUGCAGCAACACUAUUCAUGAUGGCUUUGCCAUACAUGAACUACCGAAGGAAGGAUCCAUCAGGCGAGCAUGGGUGAAGUUCAUUCAACUGAAGUUAAAAGGGUUCGAUGCCCGAGAAAGGGUCCAUGUCCACGUCUGCAGUGGUCAUUUUGAGCGAGACCAGUAUGAUUCGUCUCAAGUCUUGAAGUUUAAGUAUGGCUUCAGGAAAAUUACGCCGCGCCUUCUACCAAAUGCCAUUCCCCGUCGGCAGCAGGCUGUUCAACCCUUUACAGAUCAUUGGUUCCUCAAACCAACAACGACAACAUCAUCAACGUCAACAAUGUCAUCACCAAUGAUUUCAUCACCAACAACGUCAACACCAAUAACGUCUACGCUAACAGUAACAACGUGCUUGAGCUCGACUAGAACCAGAACUGUCCAUUCUACAAAGAUAGCAGUGUCCUCUCUAGACAGCCAGAAGAAACGUGUGGGUAAACAAGGAGGCCAUGCCCAUAAUCAACCAAUUACUUUUGCCGAUGCAAGCACGUGUACAUCACCAACAAUGCCAACUACCAGUGGAAACAGACGUCGAGUGUCUGUGCUCAGUCUGAAGAAGGAGGUUCAAAGGAUAACUGAGGAAUACGCUCGUAAGGAAGAGGAAGAAGCAGCACAACAAGCAGCAGAAGAAGCAGCUAGGAGGGACCGAGAAAACAAUAAAGCUAUCCAGGCAUCUCCCACGAUGAUUGAUAAGCAGUUUCAAAAAAGACCUAAAACUCGAACCUGUGGAAUACAAGUUAAACCUGUGAAGCCUGUCAAACCUGUCAAGCCUGUCAAGCCUUUACAAAAAGAGAAAGGUGAGUGAAGUACAGUAUGAUAUGUGUAUUUACAAUAUUUGUGUUAUAACAUAAUGUAUUUAUAGAUUGCGGAACAAAAAAGG